UAUACAAAAAAUAUAUAAUAAAAAUGCAGUACAAUAGAAGAAGGAAAUCAACAAUAUUUCUCAUAGCCACAAUUUGUGCAUUACUUUUAUUUGGCUUUAAAAUCGCACGUACUGCGGCUGAGACGGAUCCAGUUACUCCCGACCAUGAUGCAAAUUUUGAUGAUAUAGCCAAAAUAGUAACAACAACGCCAACAAUAGAUACAACGAAUGAAGGUAGCACUACUAGCACCACAAACAGCAGCAGCACGACAAAUACCAACGCAGAAGUAACGCCAACUCCAGAUCCAUUGCACAAUACAAGCAGCAGCAGUGCUGUUAACUUGGCUGAGACAACAAUUGGCGGUGUUGAUAGUUCAACGACUUCUACAACAACGGAAUCGUCUGAAUUAUUACCAACAGCAACAACAACAGCGGCAGCUCCAGCAGCAGCACCAGCAGAAGCAGCAAUAAACUCAACUGACAAUAGCAACAAAUUGGAUGCUGCCAAUAGUGAGGCUUCAUCAUCAACUACAUCGUCCACAUCAGCGCCUAUCACAACUACACCAGCAACACUUGCAGACACAACAUUGCCGGUACUACAUGAAAGUGAUGCCACAAACGCAACAUCAACAACCAAGACAAUUGAUACAACAGUCGUUGCAUCAUCACUGCCUAUAACUACGAUUGAACCCAUAACGACCACAGAACCCACAACAACGCCUACAAUUUUUGUCAGUAACAACGAAAAAGAAACGGAAAAGCAAACGCAAAAAAUUGCAACCACAACAGAAAAUGAAAUAAAAGAGACAACAAUAAAAGCAUUACUUGAUCAUGCAACCCACACGCCUACAGAAUCUGAAACAACUGAACACGCGCCACAUCAAACUUCAGAUGUGGAACAUAUACUCUAUUUAGCCACGACUCAUAAACCAGCAGAAGAAGUCGUAAAAGAAGAAAAAUCUACAGAAAAUAUUAUAUCUACAACAGUGAAUGAUAUAUUCGCAGAAGAUGAAAAGGAAAAAUCCAUUAAGCCGGUCUUCGUAGUGGGCGCAAACUCAGCACCCACAAAAUCAGAAAAUGAAACUGAGACAAUAGCAACGACAACUACAACCACAACAACUGAAAAAACGCAUGAACAUCAUCCGACCGAAGUUUUACUCAAUCAUAUAUCUAGUAACACUGAUGAAGAUGACAAGGAUUUGAAUAAUUUCAGGCACCCUGCAACUCUCAUUACAGCUAGUAACAGCGAUGAAAUGUUAAAAGAAAAUGAAAGUACCGAUAAUGAACAGGAAAAAAUAAAAAGCUUUGAAGUUGAUGGUUUCGUAAAUGCAGAACAUGAGGAUCCUUAUCAUGCGCAUAUAUUAUCGGAAAAUCAUGAUCGUUUAGCAGAGCAUGCAGAUUAUCAAAUGUUGUCUAGCACAGAAGAUGCAAUGGACACAACAAUUUCUAGUACCACGACUACCACAACAGCUGCACCUACUAAGAGCACCGAUAGCUCAGAUAAAAUUGUUAUCAGUGAAGAAAAUAAAGCAACCGCAGUGCCAUUUGUGCCAAUUCAAGAAAAAACUGAAGAUACAUCAUCUACUUCAGGCGAAAAUAAUGAAACACGCGGGCGUUCUAUGAACAUACCAACUCAUGAACAGAACGAAGAAAAUGAAACCAUUGUCACAACAACACCAUCUAGUGGGCCAAUCAUAACAAUAGUGGAAGGUCAGCAUACAAAUCAACAACAUGAACAUGAUAAUAAUGUGGAAACAACUACAACAACUACUGAAAAUCAAAUGCAUGCUUAUAUGCCGAUAUUUGCCGGUGAAGGCCGUUCUGUUGGCGGUGAAAUUUCUGCAGAAGAUGAGAAUGCACACUUAAAUUAUCAAUUCAAUUUUGUUACAACGCAACGUAAUAUGAAUGAGGAUGAUAGCAAUAAGGAGAAACAGGAAGUAUUACAAAAAAGUGCUGCUAUUAAGGAUAUAAGUGAUGUAAGCAUGGAUGAUGAUGAACGCAUGGGUAUGGUACACGUACACCAUCACGAAGAGGAGCCACAAGUAAAAAUAACCGAAGUUACAGUUAAUAGUGAAGGUGUUAGCCGCGAAUGUAUGUCUGAUGGUAAAAGCUAUAAGAACGGCGAAACAAUGGAUCGCGGCUGUGAUGAACGCUGCACAUGCAAUCGUGGAGAUUGGAUCUGUGAGGCCCGUUGCAGUGGCACAAGUUUUAAACGUGGAAGUGGAGCAAUCGUGGAAAAUUGUCGAGAAGUGCCAGUUGAAAAUGAUGAAUGUUGUGCAACAAUGGAAUGUGGUGCCAUGAUAAUAAAAGAAAAUGCUGCUCUACAGGAAUUACAUGGGCUAAAUGCAGCUAAUGCUUCAAUGCAAAAAUCACGUCCCGAUUGCCAUUUCAAUGGUGGCACCUACAAAUUCCGUGAACGCCUCGAAAUCGGCUGUGAAAAAAUUUGCCAUUGCGACGAAGAUGGCGUUAUGAAUUGUAAAUCACGUUGUCCUGUACGCAAUCAUACACGCGUUGAUAAAUGUGUAUUUGUCAAGGAUCCCAAGGAUGUAUGUUGUCAAUUAGAAUUCUGUGAUGUUACUCUAGAUGAUCAUGAACAAACACCUUCGCCACCAGCAGCACAGAACACAAUCGGCGAUGAUCACUACGGUUUUGAAGAGGCACGCGAUAAUAACAGUGCCGAUUUUACCGCCAUUGAUUCAAGUGAAGACAUUUGCACUUUCAAGGAUAAACAAUAUAAGAAGGAUGAACAAUUUUACGAUGGUUGCGAACAAUUAUGUAUUUGCGCAAAGGAAGGUGUACAUUGCGCUAAAUUGAAAUGUCCAUCCACUUUUGCUUUGGAUGUAGUAAACCCACAUUGUCUACGUUGGGAACCGGUGCCAGCUAAUUUUAAACCAACUCCACCCUCCUGUUGUCCGGAUAGUAUGCGUUGCGUUGAUAAUGGUACAUGUACAUAUCAAGGACAUAUGUUUGAAAAUUGGUCACCCAUACCAACAAAUCUAACAGGUUGUGAACAACAUUGUUAUUGUGAAAAUGGUAAAGUUGAGUGCCGUCCUGCUUGUCCACCAGUGCUUGCUUUACCACCAAGUGAUUUACCUUGCCAUCCAGCACAAGCACGUCUCUUACCCAUACCCGAUGAUGAAUGUUGCAAGCAUUGGUCCUGUGCUAAUACAGCGCCAAAAUUAGGCGGCAAUACUGAAGCGCCACUUAUACAGCACAGUCUUGAAACUAUAGAUCAUAACGAAUCAGCAACACUUAAUAAUAACAGUAAAAAUGACGUUAUUGACAACAAACCUCCAGGAAAAAAGCCGGUAAAUGCAUUUUACCCCACAUUUGAUGGCAAGCCACCAAAAGGCGUACCCACCUAUGUUGAGGUGAAACCUGAGAAACACGAAAAACCUACAAAAAAGCCGGUGCAGGUAGUGAAACCACAACAGAACGAUAUUAAAUAUGAUGUGCAUGAACCGCAAGAGCACGAUGAGCCGGGACCAGGUUUUAUACCGCUACAUUUCGGUCACGGCAUAUCUCCCUACGAUAGUGUGCAUUACAAUCAAAAUUUGCCCACCCAUCGGCAACCUGGACCUUACGGUUACUUUAAUCCUGUCGGCAGCAAUAAAGACCAUUAUGAGGAUUUUAAUCCAUAUGAACAAUAUGAAGUGAAUCCAAAUGGAAUACCACAGGGUAAACCGCCACCACCACCAACUAGUCAAUCUGAUUUAUUUAAUAUAAUUGGUGCUGGUGCGCCAAUAAAUGUGAAUUCUGUUGGUGGUAAAGGUAAUCCAAAUAUACCGCCACAUGUACACAUUGAACAUAUAUUGCAACACCUGCAAGCUAAUGCCCAUCCACAAGGCCCAUAUAUUGCACAGGGACCUAGUAACGUUAGUGGAGCAAAUACACAGUUGCCUACGCAUCCACAAUAUGUACCAAUUGUACACAGUGGUUUGCCACCACCGCCGCCACCACAUGGUAUUGCAAUUGUAGAUGGUCAACCAGUUUCAUAUGGUGGUUAUCAGAUCAUACCUGGUUUAGGGGCACCCAUAAGGCAUCACAACCAGACACCAACACUACAAACGGCGCAAAGUGCUGCUUCUACUUCAACCACACCUGCAGUUGUGGGUUUGACUGCACAAUCUUCGGAACACGGUGUACUACCUAUAGUCGGUACGAGACCAUCUCAAACAGGUUUCAACAAUCUUCAAACUGGCAUUGAAGUGCUCACAUUAGAAGCCAUAAAUGCGCAUACUGUACGGAUAGUCUUUACAGUUCCACCAGUCUAUGUUAACUUACAGGGACGUGUUGAAUUGCGUUAUACAAAUGGACCCAGCAACGAUACGACAAAAUGGGAACAACAAAUCUUUGCACCACCAGAAGAUCUAAUUGCUACUUCACAAAUGGAAUUUGAUCUACCCGGAUUGGAAGCAAAUUCCCUAUAUAAAGUAAAAAUUACAUUGAUACUUAGAAAUUCAGAACUGGAAACGCAGCCUACAAGCUCUGUGUACACAGUUAAGACACCAGCUGAUCGUCUGAUAACUCCACCACCACAUGUGUCUGAUUAUAGACCAGAUUUCCAAGAUAUAUUCAAAAAUGUUGAAGAUCCUGAAUUGAAUGUAAGUGAGACUAACUCAACAUUUUUACAACUUACUUGGAAGAAAUUAUCUGAUGAGCAAUUAGAAUAUGUUGAUGGCAUACAAUUGCGUUAUAAGGAACUUGCUGGCAUGAUAUAUUCUUCAACACCUUUAGUUCAUCGUUCAUUAACCGCAUAUACAUUAGAAAAUUUACAAGCUGAUACAGGUUACGAAAUCGGUUUGUAUUAUAUACCAUUAACGGGACAUGGUGCAGAAAUGCUUGCAGGUCAUAUGAUUAAAGUACGCACCGCACCAAAGGUCGAUGUUUACGGUUUUGAUAUAAUGGUUAAUGUAACUAAGAUAAAAUCACAGAGUGUGGAAGUAUCUUGGAGUGGAGUACCAUAUCCGGAAGAUAAAUUUGUUAAUAUUUAUCGUGCCAUCUACCAAAGUGAUGCUGGUAAGGAGGAUUCGAGCGUUUUUAAGGUGGCAAAACGUGAUAGUACUACUGGCACUUUAAUUAUGGACUUAAAACCAGCUACUAGUUAUAGAUUAUGGUUGGAAGUAUACUUGACAAAUGGCAAUAUUAAAAAGAGUAAUGUAGUUAAUUUUGUAACUAAAACUGGUGGGUCAGCUAUACCUGGUAAAACUGGAAAAUUAUUAACAGCUGGUAUAGAUCAACCAACUGGUGAUUACUAUGGAACAUUAGUCGUUGUCUCAGUAGUGGCUGCUUUAGCGAUAAUGUCUACACUUGUUCUGUUACUGAUAUUGUCUAGAAGGCGUGUACAUCAGACUGCUUCCAUAACGCCUCCACGUAAGAGUGAUGCUGCCUACGAUAAUCCUUCCUACAAAGUGGAAAUACAACAAGAGACUAUGAAUCUGUAGCAGCUUACAGGAUAAGUCCCUUGCAUUGCCGAAACAUUGCAAACGCUUUUAGGGGAACUCAAAUACUAGUUGUACUCGAUAUAAUUUUUAUUUUUUUAUUUUAAAAUAUUAUUAUUUGUUUUUCAUUUUUUA